CUGACAAGACUAUAAAUGCCCCGUAUUGAUGAGAGGUUCAGCAUUCAUGAACUGAAAGGGACUAGUGCAGCUUUUGCGUCUGUCUUCACAUUCCCGGUAACCGUCAUAAACUCAAAAGGGGAGGAGAUACCGAGAAGAUUCCAAGCAUUUAGAAUGAGAUCUCUCCAAAGUGUUCUGCCGUUGCUAGUCAGCACUGUGCUGUGUUUGGGGUGCACCAUGCUGUACGCAGCUCCCCUGCCAGAGUUCUCCGGGGAUCAGGAUUUCCAGCAAUUCCUGCAGAAGGACCUGGAAUACAUCCGCAAAAUCAAAGGGGACGUCGCCCAGGUGCAGGAGCUUGUGUGCACGACCCUUCAGCUCUGCAACGAGGAGGAGCUGAUGCUUGUCAAGCAAAAACUGGGCAUUUCCCAGGCUCCGCUGAACCAGUGUCACAGCAAGACCUUCCAAGUGGAUGCCUGCUUCAGCCAGAUCCGGGAUGGGCUUCAAAUCUACCACAGCCACCUCGCUGUCCUCCUCCAGCUCCUGCCAGCUCACUCCAGCCUAGUGGAUGCCCUCCGGCUGGAUGUCUCGAACCUGUCCACUAACAUCCAGCAGCAGAUGGAGGAUCUGGGGCUGAACACGGUGACGUACCCCAAGGCCGAGGGCCAUGGCACCCUUCCCAGCCUCUCGUCCGACUUCGACAAACAAGCCAGCGGAUUCAUCAUCCCCGCCAACUUCAAGCGCUUCCUGGAGGCAGCCUUCCGGGCCCUCCGCCACCUCACGCUGGUGUGAAGGGGUGCAGGGAUGCGCUUCCCGCACUGCAACCUCCGGCCCCGCGUUGGAGCCUGAGAAGUCCCAUACCUUAGGGACGCUCCGGGCUUUGAGAUCUAAGGGGGAGCUUUACGGGGGAGGAGGGUCUCUGAGUGGGGGAAGGGAAGCAUCUCCCAGCUGGAGGAUGCUCUACUCAUCCAGCCUAUAGUCUCCCUUAUUCCCAGCCCAUCCCCCCACCACCUCCAACCAUCACUCUCUGCAAAGCAACAACCCAGGCUUAACUAUUGGACUGGGGUAUUAGCAGCAGCUGCCCCUUCGUCUCUGGGUCAGCAGCAAACCCUCCCCCAAACCACUGUUUACUAUUCCCCAGGGUUUGAGGCUGGGCAUAGUUCUCUUUUAGGGUGACCAGAUAGCAAGUUUGAAAAAUAAGGAUGGGGUGGGGGGGGUAAUAGGUGCCUGUGUAAGACAAAGUCUCAAAUACUGGAACUGUGCCUACAAAAUCGGGAUAUCUGGUCAUCCUAUGCUCCAUAAAGGUUAUUUAUUUCUCAUUUGUGAGCUUCACCACUGGCUGGUGCAUCCACGCACACGGCCCCAAUGCAGGUUUCAGAGUAGCAGCCGUGUUAGUCUGUAUUCGCAAAAAGAAAAGGAGUACUUGUGGCACCUUAGAGACUAACAAAUUUAUUAGAGCAUAAGCUUUCGUGAGCUACAGCUCACU